UAGAAAGUGGGGUUUCCCUUGAAGGUACAUCACACUUUCCUGUGAGUGUUUUCAUUACUGAUUUACCUUUGUACUAUGGCAGAGGCAACUUGAGCAAAGUAGUGUGCAACCAGACAGCAUUGGAAACGAAGUUGUAGGGAAGGUAGUUCUCUGUGAUUAUAACACCGAGAUUUAUGUUUGUGAGCAACUUAAGGAGGUCGAGAGAGUAGGUGCUUAUGCAGCUAUAUUCUUGAGUUUAAAUAUAUCCUAUUCUUUAGAUCUAGAUGGAUAAUACAUUCCAAGCCUCAUUUUACCAGUUGCUUCAGAAAAUUUGAUUAAAGAGUAUGUAUAACAAGGGUGAGAAACCCAAAGGUGAAAAGCAUGAAGUUUGUGUUGACAAGGCAGGGUACAGAGCCUGCACCUCAAGUGGCCUAUUUCUCUGCAAAAGGACCAAACGCAAUUAGUCCAGGAGUUCUAAAGCCGGAUAUUCUGGCUCUAGGAGUUGAUGUGCUAGCUGCAGUUUCACCCAUCAUACCAUACAUGCAAGUCGAAAAAUAUUAUUUGGCUUCAGAUUAUGCAUUAAUGUCAGGCACAUCAAUGGCGACACCACAUGGUGCUGGCGUUGGAGUUUUACUGAAAGCACUCCACCCUGAGUGGAGUCUAGUAGCUAUCCAAUCAGCUAUUAUGACCACCGCCUAUGCUAAAGACAAUAUUGGCACAAUUUUGAAAGACCAAAGGACAGGUCUUUCUGCUACACCUCUACAUUUUGGGGCUGGCUAUAUCAAUCCAAACAAAGCCAUGGAUCCUGGACUCAUCUAUGACACAAGUUUUCAAGAUUAUAUAGAGUUUCUGUGAGGCCUUGGGUACACUAAAGAGCAAAUGAGUGUUAUCAUUAGAAGAAUUACCUGGAGUAGCAGCCACAAAUCUAUAAAUUAUCUAAAUUAUCCCUCUUUCAUUGCUGUACUCUCCAACGACACCAGAUAUCUAGUGGCACAGAACUUUAGUAGGGUUGUGACAAAUAUUGGUAAUGAUAUUGCUGUUUACCAAUCACAUGUGGAGAA